ACUUCCUUCCCUCGCUUUUCCCUCUCCAACGUUCAUUAUAAAGCAAAUCCUUCUUUGGUUUGUUACUCAUCUCUAUCUCUUGCAACAAGUCUCUUUCAUUCAUCCUGUUUCUGAUCUUUGUCUGAUCUCUUGCUUUCUCCUUUCUCUAUCUUUCUGAUCUCCCUCCCAACUCUUUGUUUGGAUGGAGAACGAGGAGGCCUAGGUCUCUCUAGAGAAAGUAGAGAGCAGGCCAGGAUAUUUCCUCGAAAAGAAAAUAAGAAAAGAGGGAUCACCAUCGAUUUUCUUUCUUGAACUACCAAUUGUGAUCUUCUUUGUUCUUUACCUAGCUUUCACUAUGGCCUCCGGAUCAAACAUCUCCUUGGAAGAUGUGAAGAACGAAAACGUUGAUCUUGAGCGAAUCCCUGUUGAAGAAGUUUUCGAGCAGCUAAAAUGUACAAGAGAGGGUUUGACAACAGAAGAAGGAGAGAAGAGGGUCCAAAUCUUUGGCCCAAACAAGCUUGAAGAGAAAAAAGAGAGUAAGCUUCUCAAGUUCUUAGGCUUCAUGUGGAACCCCCUAUCAUGGGUCAUGGAGUCUGCUGCAAUCAUGGCCAUAGCUUUGGCCAAUGGAGGGGGAAAGCCACCGGAUUGGCAAGACUUUAUUGGUAUUGUUGUGUUGCUUAUUAUCAACUCAACUAUCAGCUUCAUUGAAGAAAACAAUGCAGGCAAUGCCGCAGCUGCUCUGAUGGCAGGCCUUGCUCCCAAAACCAAGGUGUUGAGAGAUGGAAAGUGGACUGAGCAAGAUGCAGCAAUACUAGUACCAGGAGAUCUUAUCAGCAUCAAGUUGGGAGAUAUCGUCCCAGCUGAUGCCCGUCUCUUGGAGGGUGAUCCGCUCAAAAUCGACCAGUCUUCUCUCACUGGUGAAUCCCUACCGGUAACCAAGAACCCAGGAGAUGAGGUUUUCUCAGGUUCUACCUGCAAACAAGGUGAGAUUGAGGCUAUUGUUAUUGCCACCGGCGUCCAUACCUUCUUUGGGAAGGCCGCUCACCUUGUGGACAGCACCAACCAAGUUGGUCACUUCCAAAAGGUGUUGACAGCCAUUGGUAACUUCUGUAUUUGCUCCAUUGCGAUCGGCAUGGUGAUUGAGAUUAUAGUGAUAUACUUGAUCCAACACAGGCCAUACAGAGAGGGUAUUGACAACCUGUUGGUGCUACUCAUUGGAGGCAUUCCAAUUGCCAUGCCAACAGUCUUGUCCGUGACCAUGGCUAUUGGUUCUCAUCGCCUGUCACAACAAGGUGCCAUCACUAAGAGGAUGACGGCCAUUGAGGAGAUGGCAGGGAUGGAUGUCCUCUGCAGUGACAAGACAGGGACUCUCACUCUCAACAAGCUCACUGUUGAUAAGAGCCUGAUUGAGGUGUUUCCAAAAGACGUAGAUAAGGAUACUUUAGUCCUACUUGCUGCUAGGGCUUCCAGGGUUGAAAACCAAGAUGCCAUUGAUGCUUCGAUUGUUGGCAUGUUGGGCGACCCUAAGGAGGCAAGAGCAGGAAUCACUGAGGUGCAUUUCUUGCCUUUCAAUCCUGUGGACAAGCGCACUGCAAUCACCUAUAUCGACAGCGAUGGAAACUGGCACCGAUGCAGCAAAGGUUCUCCUGAGCAAAUUAUUGAGCUUUGUGAGCUAAAAGCGGAUGUGAAGAAGAAGGCACAUGACGUCAUUGACAAUUUUGCUGAACGAGGUCUUCGUUCCUUGGGUGUUGCUCGACAGAUUAUUCCAGAGAAGACCAAGGAGAGCGCUGGAGGUCCUUGGGAGUUCUUGGGUCUCUUGCCCCUCUUUGACCCCCCAAGGCAUGAUAGUGCAGAGACUAUCCGCCGGGCACUUGAGCUUGGUGUCAACGUUAAGAUGAUCACUGGUGACCAGCUUGCGAUCGGAAAAGAGACCGGCCGAAGGCUUGGCAUGGGCACCAACAUGUAUCCAUCUUCCUCUCUUCUUGGCCAAAGCAAGGAUGAGUCCAUUGCUUCUAUUCCUAUUGAUGAGCUCAUUGAAAAGGCUGAUGGGUUUGCCGGUGUCUUCCCUGAGCACAAGUAUGAGAUUGUUAAGAAGCUUCAGGAAAGGAAGCACAUUUGUGGGAUGACCGGAGAUGGUGUCAAUGAUGCCCCAGCACUCAAGAAGGCAGACAUUGGUAUUGCAGUGGCUGAUGCUACUGAUGCAGCCAGGAGUGCAUCAGACAUUGUCUUGACAGAGCCAGGUUUGAGUGUGAUCGUGAGUGCUGUAUUGACAAGCAGGGCCAUCUUCCAAAGGAUGAAGAACUACACAAUCUAUGCUGUUUCUAUCACAAUACGUAUCGUAUUGGGAUUCAUGCUUGUUGCUCUCAUUUGGGAAUUUGACUUCUCUCCUUUUAUGGUUCUCAUCAUUGCAAUCUUGAACGAUGGAACUAUCAUGACCAUCUCUAAGGACAGGGUAAAGCCAUCUCCUGUGCCUGACUCAUGGAAGCUCAAGGAAAUCUUUGCCACUGGGAUUAUCCUCGGGACCUACAUGGCCAUCAUGACUGUAGUGUUUUUUCAUCUAGCACAUGACACUGACUUCUUCUCAAAAACUUUUGGCGUGAGGCAUAUUGCUAAUAGCCCGGAAGAGCUUAACUCAGCCAUCUACCUUCAAGUGAGCAUUAUUAGUCAAGCACUCAUCUUUGUAACCCGAUCAAGGAGCUGGUCCUUUGUGGAACGCCCUGGUUUCUUACUUGUUGCUGCCUUCAUUGCAGCACAGUUGGUGGCCACUGCCAUCGCUGUGUAUGCACAAUGGGGCUUUGCUAGGAUCCAUGGCAUUGGAUGGGGAUGGGCAGGAGUGAUCUGGAUCUACAGCAUCAUUACAUAUAUCCCGCUUGAUAUCCUCAAGUUCAUCAUCCGCUAUGGAUUGGCCGGAAAGGCCUGGGAUAACAUGCUCCAAAACAAGACUGCUUUCACAACAAAAAAGGAUUAUGGAAAGGGUGAGAGGGAGGCACAAUGGGCAACUGCUCAACGUACACUUCAUGGUCUCCAACGUCCUGAACAACUUUUCAAUGACAAGAGCAGCUACAGCGAGUUGUCCGAGAUUGCUGAGCAGGCCAAGAGACGAGCUGAAGUUUCCAGGCUGAGGGAGCUACACACUCUCAAGGGGCACGUUGAUUCGGUUGUGAAGCUAAAGGGCCUAGACAUUGAAACGAUCCAACAACACUACACGGUUUAAAAACACAUUGUGAAAGAUUGAACAAGCCCGACUUGUGGAGCGAGUCAUGCGUGUAAGCUAUUAAGGAAGAUGGAGACCGAUGGUGAAAGAAGAUGUUUGUAAUCUUCUUUCCUUUUCUUUUAUUAAUUUUUAUUGAUCUAUUUGCCAUUUCUCAUCAAAAGAUUUUUAGGCUCUAGGCUUACAUACAAAAUAUAAUAAUCCAGCUUUGUAGUCAAUACGAAAAUAUAGAGAGAUUGUGGUUUUCUUCUUCUUCUUC